AGAUGUCAUUAGCAUAUUUCUGACUAUAUCAGAAGCUUGCGCAAAGACGCGCCACUACUGCUGCAGCGCACUGACCAAGACACCACCCAGCCAUCAGCCAACACUUCGACUACCUGCAACAAUGAGUGACAAGCCCGACAUUUCAGAAGUGAGCACCUUCGACAAGUCCAAGUUGAAGAAGACAGAGACCCAAGAGAAGAAUCCCCUACCUACACAAGAAGCCAUCGAACAGGAGAAGGCCGACAAUGCGUGAAGCCCCUCCCUCCCGUCAUGCACUGUACACCCCCUCUUCCUCGUCCCGCAUUGCCUUGUUUUCAGAAACUUCUCCUAGAUGUAUAACUUUGUAACCGAAAGUAUGAAACGACGACAAUAACCGAGCUGCAGCUUUCGCCGUGUGGCGGCCGGGCCUCGUCCCCCCAACCCCUCAAUGGAUUCCAACCGUGAACCGCCUUCACGCGGGUCUUCCUAAAGGAUGGGGCGGAUUUGUGCGAGGCCGAGGAGGGGGGGGGGGGGGGGGACCCGCGGAAGGUGUGUGCGUCAAAACGGUCUCAGCAAGGGGGCGGGGCCCGCGUCCCGGGAAGCUCGCCGGCGCCUCACACUCACGCCACCACCAACACCCAACUUCCUGCGCGGCUGCUUCUGCGCCCCGAGCUGAGGUGUCAAGCUUCUUCUUUUUUUAAAAAGUUGUUGGUAUUGUUUCUUUCGUCUUCUAAUUUUCGGAAAUGCACAACUUUUGUUUGUACGCUGGCCAAAAUGUAAAUGCCCCCCCCCCCCCCCCCCAAAAAAAGAAUUGAUACUGUUGUCUUUCACGGUGUGUUUUUUUUUGUUUGUACGUUCACGAGGAUAAAAAUGGAUUCCAUCUAGAUGUGGGAGGCGCUCAAAUGGGACCUCGUUAACGGUUUCAUUUUAACGGCCUUCCGGUCAGUUUCACGAUGGCUUCCGUGUUGCAAUCCGUCUCUGAAUUGUCUCAAAGGAGGAACUGGGAAAGCAAAAAUUAUUCCAGGCAAUUGAUUCCAUUUGUUCGCUUUCAUGUUACUCCGCCACAAACCAUUACCAGAACAUGGAAAACCGUGAAAUGUUGUAAUAAAAAGAAUUUGUUACUAAA